AUGGACCUACCCAGUUAUGACCCACAGCAGCCUCUCGUCCACCAUCCUUGCAAUUAUCCAGAGGAUCUGCCAACUUUGGAAGGAUCGUCAACAUCUCAGGACUUAAAGACAGAGCCAGACGGCAGCAGACCAGAGUCAGAGGAGAGCUGUCCUGUCUGUGGAGACAAAGUGUCGGGAUACCACUAUGGGCUGCUCACUUGUGAAAGCUGCAAGGGCUUCUUUAAACGCUCAGUGCAGAAUAACAAGCACUACAUCUGUGCAGAACAACAGAGCUGCCCUAUGAACCUUUCACAGAGGAAACGUUGUCCUUCCUGCCGCUUCCAAAAGUGUUUGGCAGUAGGCAUGAAGAGAGAAGCAGUGCGAGCAGAUCGUAUGAGAGGUGGCAGGAAUAAAUUUGGCCCACUUUACCGGCGGGACAGGCAGAUGAAGCAGCAAAAAGUAUGUCACCAGGCAAACACUGCUCCCUACAGGAUUAAGAUGGAAACUACCCAAAUAAACCGACCUACAGCUUCAAAUGACCUUCACUUAAUGAGCAGUCACACAAGUGCUACAUUGUCCUCUGAUGCUUUUCAUCAGUCCCACAUGUGUCCCUCUGGCAUCGGGCAUCGAGCGCCCAUGCCUCUGGACUGCACUAUGAACACAGACAGGGUGCUCAGUCCUCCAUCCCUGCCCUACCCUGGACUCUACCACUGCACCUUCCCUGCACACCUCCAGGAGAAAGGAGAAAUGUCCUUUAGCUAUAGCCAGGCUUCCACAAGCUAUCCAGUGCACCCAACUCCGAACAAUUCAUUUACACCAAGAAGCACACCGACAUCAUCCCCCUGUUCAACGCCAAGCUCAACCACCCCUCUCUCCCAGGCUCUCACCCAAACUCCAGACGCCACCUCAUCGGCCACUCCUUCUCCCAACUUCCUAAGCCAGCUCCUGGAGGGGGAGCAGGAUGAAAGCCAGCUGUGUGCCAAGGUCGUCACCAGUCUGCAGAGAGAACAGGCCAACCGCGGCAAACAUGACCGCCUAAAUACCUUCAGCAUCAUGUGCAAAAUGGCAGACCAGACUCUGUUUUGGCUGGUGGAGUGGGCCAGGAGCAGUACACUCUUCAAGGAGCUCAAGGUGGAGGACCAGAUGGUGCUGCUGCAGAGCUGCUGGAGCGAGCUGCUGGUCCUGGAUCACCUCUGUAGACAGGUGACCUACGGCAAAGAGGGCUGCAUAUAUCUGGUCACAGGACAACAGAUCGAGGUGUCAAACAUCAUCUCUCAGGCGGGAGUGACACUGAGUGGCUUGGUAUCAAGAACCCAGGACCUGGUGUCCAAAUUGAAGGCACUCCAGUUAGACAGACACGAGUUUGUCUGUCUCAAACACUUGGUGCUGUUCAACCCUGAUGUGAAGUCAGUGCAGAACCGCAGACAGGUGGAGCAGACUCAAGAGAGGGUGAACAGGGUCCUGAUGGAGCACACCCAACGGAGUCAUCCAGGACACUCAGACAAGUUCGGCCAGCUGCUGCUCCGGCUGCCUGAAGUACGCAGCAUUAGCUUGCAGGUUGAGGAGUAUUUGUACCAGCGCCAUCUUCUGGGAGAUUUGCCCUGCAACUCUCUUCUCACAGAGAUGCUGCACACCAAGCACAGCUGAGGACAUGCUGCUGUAUCAUCAAGCCCUGGUGGCAAGAGAGUGGCACAGUCUGAGUUUGACACUGUGAAUUUUUGCACCUCCCUUUUGACCCCUCAGACUCAGCAGUGUUUUGUUUUUGUUUUUUUUCCUUUUUCAUGACUGGUGCAGAUGGUAAACAGAUAUGCUCACUUUUGCAGCCCUUACAACUCAGAUCACAGAAGUGAGAAGAAAAACAUGCGAUCCAGGAUCAGAGAUGAAGGCAAAUAUUUACCUUACCUGUGUCAUGCCCAUUAUUAACAGUAUUACCACAGCCAAACAGUCCAAUUUUUCUGUCAGUAUAGUUAGACAGAUUUGAGAUCCAAG